CAGAGCGUCUGUAAACACACUUAAGAGACUGUCAUGGAGGGGGAGGAGGACGCGGCGGCGGCGAAAGGAGGCAUUUUGGGCCGCCUCUGGGGUCCGCUCUGCCAUUCCUAAACUGGUCCCUCGUCCCUGUGAUUGUGGCAUCAGUGAAGCGAGCUAUUAGGCGAGAGAAGAGGGCAGUCAAAACCAUAUCUCCUUCUUCUCUCGGGGCGGGUGCCGGGUCGGGCCAGGCGGGCUGGGCCGGGGGAGGGCCGGGGGAGGGAGCGCCGGGCCGAGCCGGCCUGACUGCUGAGAUGGAUGACAGUAAGAUGGUUGGGGGCAAAGUAAAGAAGCCUGGUAAACGUGGUCGGAAACCAGCCAAAAUCGACUUGAAGGCAAAACUUGAGAGGAGCCGACAGAGUGCAAGAGAAUGCCGGGCCAGAAAAAAGCUGAGAUAUCAGUAUUUGGAAGAAUUGGUAUCUAGUCGGGAAAGAGCCAUAUGUGCUCUCAGAGAGGAACUGGAAAUGUACAAGCAGUGGUGCAUGGCAAUGGACCAAGGAAAAAUCCCUUCUGAAAUAAAGGCCCUGCUCACUGGUGAAGAGCAGAAUAAAUCUCAGCAGAACUCAAGCAGGCACACAAAGGCUGGGAAGACAGAAACUAAUAACAAUUCCUGGUGAAGAUCAUAUAAAAUAAUGAUUCAGUGACCGAAGCCAAUAUUCUAAUUUCCAGGGAGGAUGAAUGGGCAACAUUGCACUUCUUGGCUCCGUUUACUACCUACUGCUCAGUAGUCAUCUCUGUAAAUCUGCAAUUUCUACCAAAAUGUGAUCUUAGAUCUCAAAAGGUAUUGCUUUAACAUUCAACACUUAGAAAAUUUACAGACAUUCAGACCUGUUCUGGUUGGUAUUGCCAGCCAUAGCAUUUAACAUAUUGUGAUGCUUGAAAACACAGGAGUAGAGGAAAAUGGGUUGAAGAUUGUAUUUUUGCACCAUAACUCCACAUUGCUUUAUUGGUUAUUUAUGUUCUUUCCUUGUAAUUGUAUGUGUGUGUUUUGGUGUCACCUCCUUUCAUGUUUUUGAUUGCCCUACAAAGAGAAACCAAAUGGGCUAAUUACUUACUAUAAGUUCUUAGCCUUUAUGGACCUAAUCUUAUUUCAUUGUAUUUACUUGAGUAAUGUAUAUUUUCUGCAUGACCCAUGAUUUCUCUGUGAGCCAUUCCAGCAUAAGCUGUGAAUAUGUAUUAACCAAUAUAUACAUUUAUAUUUUUAUAAUCCUUAAUAGUAUACCUGUUUUAAAUGAUGAACACAUUAGCAAAAUCAUCAGGAAAGCCCUCAAGACAGCCUCUAUUUAAAACCUUUGCUGCUGUCUUCUCAAACUGUAUUUAUACGAUUUAUGAAAGUUUGCUGUGGCCUCAUCCAUACUUGGAGAAUUAGUCAGUCACAUUUUAUUGUUAAGUGAGAAGCAACCUUUCGGACAUUUCAACAGCAUACAUGAUCUUGACAACCCAGAAUAUGUAUGUAUGUAGGUAGGUAGGUAGGUAGGUAGCUAUGUAGGUUUGUAUGUAUGUACUUCUUUUGGAUGUCUAUGUAUGUAUGGGGGGAAGGCAGGAGUGAAUGUUCACACACGUUUUCUUGUGUACUCAACUAACCUGGAGAACUUUUCUGAAGAAAAUAGGAUAAAACUAGCUGCUGAGAUUGAGUUUCUGCCUCAAGAUAUCUGGAAUAAAAUGAGGGACAAAUUGGUACUAGAUCUAAUCUAAUGGCUGUAGCUGUCACCAGAACACUUAGUUCCUUUCCUGACGUGAGUUUCCUCAUGAAAGUGUUCUGAGCCAGAAAGAAAGAUGCUGUGGGUGUGCAUCUGGUUCAGCCCUGGCCAUGCCUCCACUGUGGAGUGAUGCACCGGUGCCGGGGUUGGGCACUGCACUUGUGGACCUGGCAGGAGGGCAGAAGAGCAAAGCAGUUCUUUACAGUCCCCAUCACAGCUACAUUUAUUCCUGACUACCAUAUGGAGUGAAGCUUGAGGAAUCAAGCUCAUAAUAUUAUACACUCAAAUAGACCCAAGAAUCUUGAUUGUCCCAGUAAAACACUAACUCUUUCCCAUAGUUAAAUCAGGAGUUGUGUCCUCUGGUGCUGCUAAAUUAUAAUUGUUCUUCACUCUAAUGAAGCAAUAUUUAUUUGGCUUCCAAACAGAAUGUUCUGUUAUAAACUGGCAGCUUAAGAGGAUGCAUCAUACUUUAGACUGUCUGUGAGGUGGAACAUGAGAUGGACCAUAUAGUUUAAGAUUAUAAGGCAUUUUUCCCCUUCACUCAGGCCAUGAAUUUGAAUAAAGUGCCUCCCCUUAACCUGAGUUCCUAAAGACCUCUUGCACUUAGGUUGCAAACUCAGAUCUCCAGUCUGGUUGUGUGUGACUACUGAUAUACCACUAGCCCAGCCUGCUGGGUCUCUCUGUGUUUUGGAGGACUGGGGAUUUAAGAGUAUUUAAUGUCUUUUUAGGAUUGUAAACACAGAUUAAGGAUUGUUGAUAUUCCAGGCCUUUAGAAUUUAAGUGUUUUAAAUAUAGUGUUCAGAUUGUAGUGGGUAUGUUUUUGCCAUCUGGUCUACUCAAUUGUCUAUUUUUAUUUUGCAAAACAUCCCAAGACUAACUUUAUGUUGCUUUGUUCAGUACUUUUCGAAUUCCUUAGAAGAGUUGUUUUCAAAGCAAACAUUCCAAAAUGAAUGCGGCUCUUCAAAAGAAUGUCUCCAUUGUGCUUGAAGGGUUUCUUCUCUGGUUGUAAUUCUAAAUUACAAGGUUAUUUGAGCUUUCUCUUUUUCUUCCUUUUUUUGGAGUAAACUUUAUAAGAACAGUGACUAUGUAUGCCCUCAGGUAGAGGAUGUAUAAUUUCGGGAGAAACUUAAUAAGUAAAUUAUACUUUAUUUGAGUUUAUUCUUAUAUCUAUUUGGUCUUUGGGAAUAUACCAAACCAAGACAAAGUUCCUUGGUCUUAAAAAGGAAUUAUAUGAUUGCUUUGGGUAUUGUGCUGGCUGCAAGCUUUUGGCCACUUUGAAGCACGGUGAUAAAUGUCACUAAUUAAAACACCUAGAGCAUUUCCUUCCCCAUUCUAGGUAAGAAGCAACAUACUGAAAUUCUGGCAUACCUCACCUACUGGUAAUGGUAAUAAAUUGGCUGAGAGAACGGAAGAAAGUGAGUCAGUGAGCUCAGUCCCUCUGGAACAGUGCUGUUCUCCUUUCUUUCUUUCUUUCUGAGUAAACAAAGUAAUUGGUUCUUUUUCUUUUUUCCCAAAUAAAGAAAGAUAAGGGGAAAAUUCAUUUGUGUUUUAGACCACUCAUAUUCUGUCAUUAACUUAGCAUAGACCAGCUGCAUCAGAGAGCAACUGAAUAUAAUAUGAAGAAAGGAUAUAGUCUAAGUUCUUUAAAAAUAUCUUUCCAUUAUAUCUAAAUAAGAAUCUCUCUUACUUUGGCAAAUUCAUAUCACUGUUAACCAGCUAACUGACAUUAUUUAUCAGCAUCACCAUUUAGCAUUUUAUUUUGUCAUCUUUGAAUUAUGAUCUACCUGAUUUGGCUCACUGCAAAAAGUACAGGUUUAAACUGAACUUACCUUUGGUUGAUAUAAAGGCAAAGAAAAUGUAAAAACAUAAAUGCUAUAUUUCUUAAGAAAUCAUUUGCAUAUUAUCAAUUAUGUAUUUAGUUUUAAAAGAGAAAGAUUACUGUUAAACCACAUGGUAUUUGGGGCACUGGAGGCAUUUUUCCUUCUCUGAAGAACAUUGUACAAUUAUAUUUUUAUGAAAAAUAAAAAUAUAUAUCUAAAUGGUCUGUUUUAUAGUACUGAAAUAUGCAUGUAUAUACACAGCAUAGUAAAAAGGUAUAGGUUUUAGGCAAAAGAAGUGGUCUUGGGUCCAUUUUCUAAGUGACCUUAUAAUUAUAAUUAUUUAAUCUCAGCUUAUCUCCUCAUCUAUAAAAAAAGGGAAGGAUAACUUUCAUAGAGCUAUUGUUAAACUGAAUAGGAAUUAUGAGAAAGUGCUUCUUAUAGUAAAGAAUUACAUUAAAAUUCUAAAUAGUCAUAUUAUUCUGGUGUUAUUAGGGUUAAAAGUCACUACAGACAUACAUUUAUUUAAUAAGCUGGAAUCUAAAUAUGCAGUGCUGUAGGUAUCACAUCACUCAAGUCUUUUUAACUAUAUUAAAUCUAUCUCUGGAAUGGUAUCAUUGGAUAGUCUUUUUAGUAAUAAUAGCCUUCGAUUAAUUAGGAUAGUUUUAAGAACAAUUAAUAUUCUAUCUGGCCAUGCCAUCCUAUAAUUAUCCACAUAAAGCAGCAUUUUUAGGCUGCUGGGUAACUUGGUUCUCUUCUUCCUUUAUUCCAUCCAUUUUACUUAACUACAGGAUAGUCAUGAAUCAGAACCAGAACUUCUGUGGAAAAUUGUGCCAAUUGUGUACUGCACAAAGUCACCUGGAUGAGGAGGUGAAUGGGCCUAAAAUCUUGGUCACAUUCCCCUCAACAUGCCAUAUGUGAAGGGAGGGGCGCCUGCUAUCUGUUCAUCAAGAUGCACAUGAGGUGUGGGUCAGCCCAGAGAUGUGCCUUUUUUCUAAUUUGUCUGCCCCAGGGGGGUAUCUUUCUUAAUUCCUCCACCCAGAACAGGGCCUUUUUAAAGGCUGUAGCUGGCUUAUGCUGGCUCUAGUGGCAUCACAUUGGUAGCUUUUAAUUGGUAAGUGGGAGUAUUUAUACCACAGAAAUCAGUAAAUGCUACAAAUCAGGGAUUUUUUUUUUUUUUUCCCAGAUAGCAGGUUUCCAACACCACAUUGAAAAACGGCCCAGUGUAGGCUAUCAGGGCCCUGACCAAAGCAGGCAGAACUGAGGCCCAAAGAGUAUAUGAUUGAAGGAGAUGAAUGAGUCUAUAAGGCUGUAGGCUGCUUGAAGAUGUCCAUAUCAAAUACCCAUUAGUUCACAAGACAGAGCUGUGACUCAGAAACUAUUAUGGAUAGUAGGAGAAUUCCCAGUCCAUCUCUAGAAAUGACUAGCAGUGUAUCAGCUCAAUUGUUAGAGCAAGCUCUGUGGUCAGAAUUGACAUAACAAAUUCAUCUAUCAUGUUGUGAAAAGUGCCCCAAAUGCUUCUUGGCUGAGGGUGGACUGGAGUUGAACAGCUGUGACUCUGCAGUAAGAUAAAUAUCUGGAGCAGGAAAAAUUAACUGUGAUCCAACAGAACCUAGUCAAAUCCUGCCCUUCCUCUCAGUAUCGCCUGCCUGUGAGAGAAGAUAUAUCUGGCAAGUACUUUACAACCCCAAACCCAACAUGGAAUUUGAUUCAGCAGGCUGGACAUGAGAAUUCAUAUGCCUAAACUAGGUAGGCUUGAGUAGCCCAGAACCAAAUAACACCAAAAUCCCAAUGCCUAAACUAAGUUUUCGAUUUUACUACUUCAACGGAAUAAAGACCAGGCCUGCCUGCAGAAGAAAAGAAAGUAGAUUUAUGUCAAUCGAUCAGUAAGCCAGUACUAAAUAGUGUCUAAAUAAGUAAAUAAAUAAAUAAUCCUCCCAAAGCUGCUCCAGUCCUCUCAGGCCAGAAUAACCCUGGGCCCCAGCUGCCACAUAUGGAGAAAGAAGGGCAUCAAAACAGUAAGGAAAAAAACAAGGCAACGAAAGAUGGCCAGGCCCUCUUCCAAAAGGAGGAAGAGAGCUCACAUAGUGGUCAAACAGAAGAUGAAAUCUGGAAAAACCCUUUUCCUUGUGGGGAGAAAGGAGCAUUGAGUAUCUUUGGAAGCUGAGAGCUACACAUCAGAAGCACACAAACUGGGGUAAGAAAUAAACCACAAGCCUGGGCUUAGGAGAUGACUCAUUUAGACCAUAAAGGGCCACCCAGUUAGACAUACAAGUAUCAAAUAGGGAAAGGUUGUUCCAGACACAAAGGACUCACCACAGGGUUCCUUUAAAUAAGCACUCCUUUAAUGAAACUUAAUGGUUUACAGAUCAUUAACACACAUCAUUAUGUGCCUGGAGGUGAAAGAAAAACAUCAAGAUGAAAUGUGCUCAUCCAUUUAUCAGGUAAAGAGAAAAACAGAGUCUCUCUAUAAAUAUAAUAUGUGCCAGUGGCAUUUUGAAUAAGCAUGGCAUUUUAGAAACAGUUUUGUUGAGUGAAAAGAGAUAACCAGUGGUGUGCUAGUAGAUGUUUAACAACUGACUCUUGGUGGGGGAGGCCUGAUUUGUAGUGUUUGCCAAUUUCUGUGGUCAAUUUCAAGCUACCGUAUUGUCAGCCAGUUCUGAAAAUUUCAGAAUUGACUCUUGCAAGCCUUUAUGAGCUGACUUCAGCACACCACUGGAUAACCUAUAUGGUAUGAGAAUGGGGUAUCAGUUAGGAGGUAUUCAGCAGCAAGUAAAGAAUGCCUGACUAAAAUUGGCAUAACCAGUAAGGACAUGUAUUAUCUCACAUAAUGAGUCUGAAGGCAGGCAGUUCCAGCAUUGGCACAGUGGCUCAACAAUAUUAAGGACCCAGGAUCUUUCCUUCCUUCUGCUCUGCCAUCCCCAGUAUGUUGGCAUUUACCCUCAGCUUAUCCUCUCAUAAUUGUAAAAUGACUGCCACAGCUCCAGGCUUCACUCACACCCAUGACCUAGGCAGAAGAAAGUGUUUUCUUGCACAUCUCAUUUUAUCAGGGAGGAAAACCUUUCCAAGAGUCCCCUUAGGAGACUUCUCUUUAUAUCUCAUUGGCCAGAACUGAGUCAUAUGUCUAUCACAAACCAAUCACUGACAAGGGAGAAUGGAAUCACCAUGAUUGACUCAGACCAAACAUGGUUUAGCGCCUAAAAGUAUGGAGGGGCCCACUUUACCUGCCUUCAUUGCCACCCCAGACCUGAACAAAAUCAGUGUUCUCUUAGCAAGGAAGGAGGGGGGAUGGCUGUUAGGAAGUCAGCCAACAAUGCCUUCCACAAUAAAUUGAUGUGGCUAACCAUCCACAGGAAUAAGCCAAGAAGUAAUCAGUAAACAAAUGACUGAGCUUUGGAGGAACUCCCUCAAUUCCAAUCAAGGUGAUUUUGGUGGAAUCUCAAGAAAGCAGACCUGAAUGUGAUAUAAUUUAUUAAGCAAAAACCAAUUAUUAAAAUAUCCCUAUUUGGAGAAUACAUGACUAGAUAAUAAUCAGAAUACAGAAAAUGGAAGCCCAAAGAGUCAGAAGGUGGCAGUGUUUAUUCAGCACUGUUCAGGAGAGAACUGAAUAUGGUGGACAAAAAUCUACUUGUCAGGGAGCUACAGGCAAAUGUGGGGCAGGGAUGUUUAAUUAGGUCCUACUGUGGCCUGGAUGAAAUAUAUUUCAAAAUACUUCAGUACCAUAGAGGAUGAUUCUGAAGUUUAAAAGGAAACAUAAACUUGCAAGAAUAGCCCAACAAAUCCUAAAAAAGAAAAAUAAUGAGGAAGAAUUAACCCUACCAGAUAAUAAAACAUUGCAAAACCUUAGUAAUUAAAGGAGUUAGGUAUUGGUACAUGAAUAGAUGGAUCAAAGAAACAAAAAGUCCACAAAUUGCUGUAAAUACACUGAGGAACUUACUAUAUGAGUAAGGGCAUUUAAAUCAGUGGAUAAAAGAUUUAUUACUUUUUAAAUGUUGGGCCAACUGGAAAAAAUAAACUCUAUCUCACAUUUUUAAAAAAAUACUUUUUUCCUUUGACAAAACUAAUUCUAUAUGACCAAAUAUUUAAACAUUAAAAAAAAAAAAAAACACUCAUUAAGAGAGAGAAAAAAAAAUAUAUC